AUGGCAGGCUGCACAAUUUCACCUCUGGCCUUCACUAUGGCCAUGCAAGUCAUCAUCAGGGCAUCGAGAUGGGUGGUCGGCGUGUCUGAGAAACCCGUCAAGAGUCUGGGUAGAUGGUACAACGAAAGCCUCCGGGAUAAAGAUCAAGUGCAGCAAGUAAGGCAGGACAUCGCCGACGGUCUUGAGAACAUCAACAAGAUCCUACUGCCUGACAAGCUCAAGCUUUGGUGCCUACAGUUUGGACUUCUCCCCCGGCUCUCUCACUCUCCCUUGCUCUCUCACUCGCUCUCCCUUUCUCUCUCACUCUCUCUCUCACGUUCUCUCACUCACUCUCUCUCACUCGCUCUCCCUUUCUCUCUCACGUUCUCUCUCUCUCCCUCCCUUUCUCCAUCUGCAGACCACCCAGAGCGUGCAGCUCUCUACUUCCUGUGUGGCGUGUGCCUGGGCCUCUUCUUUACCCUCUUUGCUCUGGUCGUCCAGAUCUCAUGCCGCACCGACUGCCAACCCCGCCGUCGCCCCGGCACCACCACCAAGAAGCGUCCGCGGCCCUCCGACUCCUCAUCCGACUCCAGAGACUCUGACUCAGACACCACGUCAGACCUGUCGGCCCGCCGCCACCGCCGUUUCGAGCGCACUCUCAACAUGAAUGUGUUCACAUCAGCGGAGGAGCUGGAGCGUGCUCAGAGGCUGGAGGAGAGGGAGAGGAUCAUACGAGAGAUCUGGAUGAACGGUCAGCCAGACAUACCCGGGACGCGCAGCCUCAACCGCUACUACUGAGGCACAUAAAGGAACCUCUACUAGAUCUAGAAAUG